GGCGCGGGGCCGAACGUCCGGACGUCCUCGAGCCGGGCCGUACGGCGCCUGCGCGCUGCGUUGCCGGCCGGCUGUGGGGCGGGGCCCGUGUACCCCGUUUCUCGUUGUUCCCUAGCGCCGCGCGAACGUUGAGCAGGCUGCCAGCACCAUGAAGAUCUGGACUUCGGAGCACGUAUUUGACCACCCUUGGGAAACUGUCACAACAGCUGCGAUGCAGAAAUAUCCAAACCCGAUGAACCCCAGUGUGGUUGGAGUUGACGUGCUGGACAGACAUAUGGAUCCCUCUGGAAAGCUGCACAGCCACAGACUUCUCAGCACAGAGUGGGGACUGCCUUCCAUUGUGAAGUCUAUUAUUGGUGCAGCAAGAACCAAAACAUAUGUUCAAGAACAUUCUGUAGUUGAUCCUGUAGAGAAAACAAUGGAACUUAAAUCUACUAAUAUUUCAUUUACAAAUAUGGUUUCAGUAGAUGAGAGACUUAUAUACAAACCACAUCCUCAAGACCCAGAAAAAACUGUUUUGACUCAGGAAGCCAUAAUCACGGUGAAAGGGGUCAGCCUCAGCAGUUACCUUGAAGGACUGAUGGCAAGCACAAUAUCUUCCAAUGCUAAUAAAGGCCGAGAAGCAAUGGAGUGGGUAAUACAUAAAUUAAACGCUGAGAUUGAAGAAUUGGCAGCUUCAGCAAGAGGAAGCAUAAGGACACCAAUGGCUGCGGCCGCAUUUGUAGAGAAAUGAUAAAGAAAGUUGGUUUACAGCACCGGGUCCCCCAGGUCUCUCCAAGCUGACAGUAUAUUUAUUUGUUAUUUAAAAAACAGCUAUAUUUUAGGUAGAAUGUUUUUUGAUAAGCUGGAAUGAGACUGUGAUUUUCAUCAAAACAGAGAUACAAGGGUUCUAAAUCACAGGGAUCAUCUGAUGUUAGUAUGACUUGAAAUGACUACUUGUUAGGGUUCUAGUAUUUGUGAAAAUGUAACCAUUUUUUAGAAAGUACUUGGAAAAAAUUGGUAUGGACAGUGAGUCUUCUUAAGGUAGUGUUAAAGCUUUUCGGGCAUUGGGACUUCACCCGGCUGUGGACCAACCCCAGAACAAAGCAGAGCCGCCCCUUAUGUGUACACAGCUGCUCUGCUGCUGCUGCAAACUAGAACUAUGUGAGGAACUCCCUUUAAAAGAAGAAACUAUAGUUGUAAAAAGACAUUAAUUUGUAUAAAAUAACUCGCUCUGCUAAAAACCAGUGUUUUGAUUUGGUACUUAAAUGGUAUUUUUGGAGUGAAAAUUAUCACUGAAGUAAUAUGCAACUCCAACAGAAAUAAUAUUUUAUUGUAUUAAAGAGUACUGUAUUGGUUUGCCAAAAGUUUUGUAACUUAGGAAAGGGAUUACUUUCCUUGGGUUUGUACUUCAUGACAGCACACUGUACCAUGGGCAGGUUAUGCUAACUAAAAAAAUAAAGUCAUUACCUGAUUUUCGCAGCACUCUUAAACUGAACACUUAACACUUAAACAGAAGAACAGCUGUUCACAUCUUUUAGCAUUUCACAUUUACUUAACUUACAAAUUGCCAUGUGUCGGAAUCAUGGUUUUGUAAUUCCUAAGGCAUGAUAUGUCAGGUUAUUGGAAUAUAAUUACUUUUUGAGGUAAUUAUGACCACAAAACAUCUUUUUACCAUGAGGAGCUGUAUGUCCUUUGAAAUUACUCGAAUGAUGUCUGGACCUGAAGCAUAAAUCUCAAUGUUUUUAAUAGUAUGGUGGCACGGUGGGGGUGAUGGGGGAGCAAAGUGUGGAAUGGGGAAGUGGAACCAUCUAUACAUCGUCAACUGCACUGAAGGCUUUAUUCAUCAGAAAUCCUUAUUUUGGAUAACAGUGGCUGCAAGUGGAAAACAAUCCAGAAAAUGUAUUUUGUUUAGUAUUUUGUACCGGGCAGUUAACCACUAAAUGAUAUCUUUGGGGUACUUGGAAGUAUUGUAUACUGUUUUUGUUAGAAGGUGAUUAGCUUUUGCCUUUAGUUUACAGAGCUGAAUAUGAUCAACUUUUAGUUGGGUUUCCUCUGAAGAGACCAGUUAAUACAUAUAAACCACAGAAGCAGUACCAAACUUUUAAAAUUAGUGUUUUUCUACUUAAAAUAUUAUGUGGCUUAUGAAUUCUUAGGACAUUUGUAAAUUAUGUUAAGUUCUGAUAAAGUUUGUUAUUUUUUUGUAACCAAAAAUGGUUUUUACAACUAAAAUAUUAUUUCAGCUAAAAACAAAGUGCUAAGUACAUAUUAAUAUUUGACAGAUUUGUAUAAUUUGUGUAAAUUAUACUUGUUCUAAAAAAAGGUAUAAUGCCUAUCGAUAAAUUAUUUCUAAGCCAACCUUUGUCAUAUCUUUCAUUGGAUUUUUUUUACUCUGAUCUGAUGAUAAAACAUCUGUAAAUUUUCAUUUUGCAAUGUAGUUAGCUACAUCUAUCUGAAUACUUGAUUCACGGCUUCCAUUAAAACAGGUUCACAGCAAGUUCAUUGGAAAGGACUGAACUGGAAUAAAGUGUUGAAUUACAGCUGUUAAGCAUCUUAUCCUAUUUAAUAUUAAGGCGAACUUAAAGAAUUGAAACGGCUUUUGUUAAUAAAGACUUCUGUUAACCAUG